ACGUGAUCGAUGAUGUAGCUUUGAGGUGUAACGUAGUGCGGUAUGUCGCACCUAAGAACACAAAAUAUAUAUAUAUAUAUAUUUAUUAUGUACAUAUGUGUCCUGACACUUGACGGAAAUGCGACAAGUUUCGUUAUCAGCAUGAGCCGAUUAACGUAAAGCGAAAAAGAUGGCCCUGACGAGUCGCGCAAUCAAGAGAGAACAAAGGUGUGACGGAAAAUGAGGCAAUGGUGCGCAGUGUUUCUCGUGUCCUGAUAUUCAGUGUUGAAAGAUUUUUUAACGUAAACUGGAGAGCGUGCGGAAUAUAUUGUCACUCUGACGACGUUCAUGGACUUUUGUAUCGAAUGACAGUUGAUGUGCUUGUUACACCUGUCGCGUGUUAACUUUAAUAUACAAAUUACCGGUGCACGAUGUUUGCUACUCUGAAAAACAAAAUACGCGAAGAAAUCGGCAGCGACGUAUCCACCGUUGUCAGGAACGCCGGCAGUAUACGCGCCAUAAGUUCCAAACAUGUGUCUCAGACUGGCUCUACAAGUAGUAUUAGUGGUUCUCAAAUAUCAUUAGAUGAAACUAGAGAAGAAAAUACAGCAUCUCCUUUGCCACUAGUUGGACUCAGAAGAGAAAACAGUUUUGAACUUAAACUUACUGAUGGAAUGCAAUUAUCAGCAAAAGACAUAAAAAGAUUAGAAAACAGAGAAGAGGAAUGGAAGAAACGUUUGUUAAAAAAAGAAGCAGAAAUGUUAAAGCGGAUGGAGAAGAAAGAAGAAGAGUGGAAAGUUAGAUUAUUUGAGAAGGAGAAAGAAUGGAAGAAAGUAGUAGAGAAGCAGGAGAAAGAAAAGCAAAGAUUGCAAGAAGAGAUAAAAAAGAUAGAAAAUACAAAGCAGUCCUUAGAACAUGCUCUUAAAGAAGCAGAAGAAUAUAAAAAGAAGUUGUAUAGUUUUCAAGAAGAUGCAGAACAACUGGAAGGAUUUCAAACACAGGAGAUGGCAAAAGUUAAACAUCUUUUAUUGGCAAAAGAGCAGGAAGUAGAAGAAAAAUCGCAUCAUUUAAAAGCUGCCACAGCAGAAAUAGACAGUUUAAAGACAGAAGUUUCCCGCCUUAGACGAUAUGAAGAUGAGUUGAAUAAUGUACAAGACGAGAUGGAAACGAUGCGUCAUUCAACGCAGCGAGAGAGAGCGCAACUUUCUUGCCAGUUGGCGCAAACAGAAGAAGAAGUACGCCACUUGAAAGACAAGGUGUUUGUACUCGAGCAGAGAAUCGCUUUGGAGACGAACGAUCAAGUGACAGUCGACGAGAGAAUAGCGGAUCUGAUGCGCGAAAGAACACUAUUGGAGAGGAAACUGGAAGAGGCGCAUCUCCAUCUUUCUGACAUAAAGACCAGUUGGUCGGGCAAAAUUUCCAGUCUCGAGACACAAGUUGGCAGGCUCAGCAGACAGGCCGGUGAAGAAGGACUAGAACGCAGACGAGUCGAGGAGGAGAAGGAGAAGCUCAAACAGAGAAUCAAACAGCUAGAGGCCGAGAUAGAGGUGAACAAUGUUGUCAUGGCGACAAAAGACGCCAAGCUUUUGCGUAUGACUGAGGACAUUGACGAGAUGGCCACGGAACUGAAAGAGCUCCGGGCCAGCGUCGAUGACGAAGUGGAAGAGUUUAAACGGCAAAUUGAAUCCUCUUCGAAGCAAAUUAGUCAACUGAAAUCGGAUCUCGAAAAUACAACAAACAAGUUGACCACAGCUACCAACGAGUUAGAGAAUCUCCGAUCGUCCUUGGAACGAGAACAGUCGAAUAAUUCUUCCUUGCAUCUGGAAAUGGCGCAGCUGCAAGAGAUUCUUGAGUCCGAACGACUAACUACGGCGAAGCUGCGAGUCUUCCUCGAGAAAGAGAGGAGUGAGAAGGAUGCCGCCUUGUUAAGAAACGCUCAAAUAUCGCAAGACAUAGAAAUCGUGAAGCAAGAAAAUCGACAACAGGAAAUCGAGAACAUAGAACUGCAUAGUAGAGUGGAAAAUUUGGAAGGAGAUUUAGUUGAUAAAGUGAAAGAGGCGGAACAAGCGACGGUUACGUUAAAAGAAUUUGAACAGAAAGUCGCGAAACUGGAAGAAGUGGAACGUAGCAGAGAGAAAUUAGAAGGGAACGAGAGAAUACUUAAGAGCAGCUUGUUGGAUCUGGAAGAGCAGCUGAGCGAAAAAAAUAAGACAAUCAAAGUUUUGCAGCAACGUUUAACUGACAUGAAGAAAACACUUCAACGCGAGUUAAAGAUACCAUCCUCGUCGUUAGACAGCGAAGUCGAAACUUCCGCAGCUAUUCUUAAUCCAAGUUCAUCCAAAACGGUCACUGCCAGAUACAAUUCCAGAGAAGACGACGUUAAUUUCAAAUAUCUCAAACAUGUUCUCAUUAAAUUUCUGACCAGUAGAGAAUACGAGGCUCUUCAUUUAACGAGGGCAGUGGCGACAUUGUUACACUUCUCACCAGAGGAGGAACGUCUACUUCAAGAAACCUUGGAAUGGAAAAUGUCAUGGUUCGGCACAAGGCCUAACUUAGGUUUUGGACAAACUGCCAAGGCGAUACCACCCAGCUGAUAAUUACACAGUAAUUUUGCAUUUGACAAAGCGCGCAAGAGCAAAUGUAAAUUCUUGUUUAACCUUUAAGUUGUAUACUCGGUUUGUGUGAAAAGACGGUUUUCGCGUCUGAUUUAAACGGAGUAUAUAUAAAGAUAAAUAGAAGAAAACUAUAGAAAAUUAAUGUGAGAUUUUACAACAAAUAAUGU